UACAAUGUGACAGAACGAAAUUGUUAAAUUUGUAGUUUAAAUUAAUUUUAUAAUUUUACCAAAAUGUACAAAGGUUUUUCACGAAUAUGGACCGUUUAUUCUAUAGAUAGACUACAGCCGUGCAUUACACCAUUUGUUACAAGUGUUUUUAAUUCUCAAAAAGGCAAAGUGUGCAAUGUAGGUUAUGUUUUCAAGAGAACCAAAAAACACGAUAAAGGCAACCCGUCUGCUCUUUUCGUUCCCGUACCGGUUAAACCAAAUCCAGAUGAUAUAAAUAUAGGUGAAGAAUUCACAGGACGGCUUAAAAAGCAAGAUUUGUUGAAAAUUUUGAACAAGUUUUAUCAGAAGCCAGAGGUUAGAGUUUUAGCGGCAGAAAAUGGUUUGGACGAUCAGUUAUUGCAUCAAUCCUUUUUGUCAUUUAGAAGGCAUUGUUUGGAACAUGAUUUACCCCCCGAUUUACAUAUUACAAUAAGCGAUAUAUUAGUAGGUGCUGGCCAUGUUGAUGACCUGUUUCCAUAUUUCCUUAGACAUGCUAGACUUGCAUUCCCCCAUCUUGACUGCUUAGAUGAUCUUAAGAAAAUAUCUGACUUAAGAACUCCUGCUAGUUGGUAUCCCCAAGCUCGUAAUAUUAAUAGGAAGAUAAUAUUUCAUGCUGGACCCACUAAUUCAGGAAAGACUUAUCAUGCAAUGGAGAAGUUCCUGACAUCAAAGUCUGGUGUUUACUGUGGACCUCUUAAAUUAUUAGCUACUGAAAUAUACCACAAAUCUAAUUCUAAGGGCACCCCAUGCGAUUUAAUCACAGGAGAGGAGAGGAGGCAUGCAUCGCAAUACACAACACUAGUCGACAAUAGUGAAGAGACAGACAAGGCUCAAGAAAAAGAAUCAUAUUUAAUAGAUGAACCCGAGUUGACUCCCUCGAGGCAUGUGGCGUGCACUGUUGAAAUGACAUCAUUGAAUGAAUUGUACGAAGUCGCAAUCAUUGAUGAAAUACAGAUGAUCGGUGAUAGAGGCAGAGGUUGGGCUUGGACAAGAGCAGUUUUAGGUUUACAAGUUGAGGAAUUACAUUUGUGUGGUGAAGCAGGCUCAAUAAAUCUAAUAGAAGAAAUUUGUAAUACUACUGGAGAAGAAAUUGAGAUCAGAUCAUACAAAAGGCUAACAGAACUAAAAGUGGAAGACACGGCCCUUGGUUCCUUGGAUAAAGUGCGCGAGGGAGAUUGUAUAGUAUGUUUCAAUAAGAACGACAUUUACAGUGUAAGUCGAGCAAUCGAACAGAGGGGCCAUGAAGUGGCAGUGAUAUACGGCAGUCUGCCUCCAGGCACGAAACUGGCACAAGCAAAUAAAUUCAACGAUCCGGACAGCUCUUGCAAAGUCAUGGUGGCUACUGACGCCAUAGGACUUGGAAUCAAUUUGAGUAUACGAAGGAUAAUAUUUUACUCGCUAAUAAAGCCUGUGGUGAAUGUAGAUGGCGACAAAGAAAUGGACGUAAUAAGCAUAUCGCAGGCAUUGCAAAUAGCUGGUCGCGCUGGUAGAUACGGCAGCGCUUGGGAGACGGGGUUCGUAACCACGUACAAGCCGGAAGACCUCGCCACGCUAAAGACGUUGCUUGCACAGCCGCCGGAUCCAAUAACACAAGCUGGUUUACACCCCACUGCGGAGCAAAUGGAAUUGUACGCCUACCACUUACCACAUGCCACUCUCAGUAGCUUGAUGGAUAUAUUCGUUCACCUGUGCACAGUGGACGAUUCACUAUACUUCAUGUGCAAUACAGAAGGUUUUAAGUUCCUGGCGGAGAUGAUACAACACGUGCCGUUACCGUUGCGGGCACGGUACGUGUUCUGCUGUGCGCCGAUCAACAACAAGUUGCCGUUUGUUUGCGCCACUUUCCUUAAGAUGGUCCGCCAAUACAGUAGAAACGAGCCAAUAACUCGCAACUGGAUGAGCAACGUUGUUGAUUGGCCGCUGCCACCGCCCAAAACCAUAAUGGAUCUCAUACAUUUGGAGGCUGUUUUCGAUGUACUAGAAUUAUACUUGUGGCUCAGCUAUAGAUUUCCAGACAUGUUCCCCGAUGUCAAACUGGUCCGGGAAAUGGAAUCUGGUUUGGACGCUAUAAUUCAACAAGGAAUUUUCCAAAUUACCAGGUUAUUAAGAAAUUCAGAACAAGUCCUACGCAGUGAUCCAGAUAUGUCCGAAUCGGGUAGAAAGAGGUCAGGAAAACUCCAUGUACAACCCAGAGAUGACGAGCCAAAGGGAAAACUUUCAGAAAUGCUUGUUGCCAAAGGCUUAAUAACUCCACAGAUGCUAAAAAAAUUACAACAGGAACUCGCCACAGAUAAAACAGACAGAAGAACAAAGGGGGGCAGAAAUAGGAGGAAAUAAAUAGUUAAUAAUUCGUUCAGGAUAUUUGAUAUCGAUGGCAAAGAGACUAUUCUAGCGUCCGAAAAUGAAAAUAUAAGUAUACAAUGUAAAUCGGAUUUUCCGAUGACUUAUUGUGGUUUCGUACAUCCCAGUGGAAAGCGGUUUUCGUUUACAGAUCGCACUGUAAACGACGGCAAGUGUGCUCAAAAGAUUAAGGCUACAAAAUCGGACAGCGGGGAAUGGGGCUGCCACAUAGGCACAAAAUCUGUAAGAUUGGAAACAAUAAAGAAAAUCCAAGUUCGUAUAGUGAACCAAGUGGCGGCAUUGGAAACUAAUGUUACAGCGAAGCUUGGAAGACCAAUCACGAUCGCCUGCGCCACUACGAAAGGCCUUAUACCGUUGAGCUACUGUAGAUUCGAACCACCAAACGGAAGGUCUUUUAACAUCGACCCAUCUGUAACUGAAAACAGUUCAAUUCUUGGCAAAUACUACUUCCCAUCGAAUGCAAGUCUUGAUCGUGGAGAUUGUGCGGUUACGAUCAUCAAAGUGAAGUAUGAUGACGUUGGACUUUGGACUUGCGGAGCAGGGCUUGAUGAUGGGAAAGAGCAUAUCGACGUAAUCAAACUUGAGGUCGAAGGUAUGUACAAAAUGUCAACAGCAUCAGCAACCGGAGUUACACUUGGUGGGAUUCUCAUAGCAGUCGCCCUUGGCUCUCUCGGAUACGUUGCGUGGAAAAAGAGAAGAUUCCUAGGAGGAACACACCCUGAGCCAGAAGUUAUUGAGAUCCAGGAAAUGGCAAGGCAAAGUUCAGAUAGUCAAAGUCCAAUGCCGGAAAGAAGUUUGCCGGCUAUUGUGAUCCAGUCGCCUUCUACUCCGGGAGAGCCUGGGACGUCGCCGCUGAUGUCAAGGUCUCAGAGCCCAACGUAAAAAAGUUCUGGAUCUGCUUUAGGACUCAAUGGUACCUUUUAAAAACGGUAGUCAGCUAUUAAAUUAAUAUGUUUCAAGCUUAGUUCAUGAAUAAGAUAGUAUAAAAAUAGAUUUGGUUAUUAGGGUUCCGUAAGCAAAGGGUAUAACGGGAACCUAUUACUAAAACUCCGCCGUCCGUCCGUCUGUACCGGGCUGUAUCUCUUGAUAGUUAGACAGGUGAAAUUUUCACAGAUGUAUUUCUGUUGCCGCUAUAACAACUAAUCCUAAAAUAAAAUAAAUAUUAAAGGGGGCUGCGAUUCAACAUAUAGAGACAAAAAUCAUGUUUUUGUUGUUUUUAUAAAUAGUGGUACGCAGUGGCGUGCAUAGCGGGUGUGCACAUGGUAUGCCGAUGAUAUACAAGGAAGAAAAUCUCCAAUACGAGUUAUAAAUACUUAAGGGUGGACUGGUACGGUACCGGAGAUUUUCUUAGUGUACGAAACCCUUCGUGUAGAAUGGUACGACUCGGUUUUUUCUUGUUUCAAAAUCGUUACUGGAACAAAAAUAAGAACAGUAAGUGAUGUACCAUUGAAAUGGACGUCCUUGGCGCAUCAAAUAAAACAACCCCUAGUUUCUAUCGAAUUUUAAUAAUUUUAAGUAUUUUGACGCGUAAUCACCACGCUGGGCAGACGACCUGGUGAUCCCAGUACUUGGUAGUAUAGUAGCACACAGGACACCACUGGCUGUGGUAAGAAGAGGGGUGGUGACAACUGUUUUCUGGUCACCACAAGGCAAAGCGCCUGUUUCGGUUAUUUAAAAAUCGUGAACCUUUUUUCCGUGGGCUUAAAAAAUAACCCAUCUUCAUCACCAGCGAAGUCGCCAUCGCCACGAGAAAAAUUGUAUUUAUUCAACUCUCUCUCUUCUCUUAUUUAUUUAUCUAAUUUUUGGGCAGCGAAAAAAAAGAAAUUGAUAUUUUUACUCAUUUUUAUUAUAUUUUUGAUUAUACAUUGCUUACUUCUAUGAUUACAAUUCUAAAUUAUAUGUUUUCAACAGUUUUUCCCAAACCUGUGGUGAUAUCGUUGCAUACUUUGCAAUUGCUUCGUGAAUCGUAUUGUAUUCGUUUGCUCGUUGAUGACCUCUUUGGCGCUUGGAACUUUGCAAACAUCUCUAGGGUAGGGUAAUUACUGCAUGUAUAUAAUAUGCAUAUUUUUAUGUCGCAUCUGUCUUUAUAUUUCACAUCUGUCAACAUGGGCAUUCCCGACGCCAAAAAAUUUAUUUUGUUCAAACUGGUUUUUUGUCAGUUUACACUUGUCCAUGAAGCACGCGUUACUGUGGCAACAGGUUACUGAAGUUAAAACUCGAAUUUGGUGAUAGGCCAGUCAGUCUACAAAAGUUAAAUUGACAUUCUACUAAUGAAGACAUAAUCAUUGUUUUUCAUAAUGAUG